AUGACAACAAUAAAUUCAAAUAAUGGUGAUGGCCAAACAUCACCUAUUCCUGAUGGUCAUGGUCAGAAAGCUGAAGAUGAUAGAAAAUUAUUUGUUGGUGGUUUAACAUGGGAUACAACACAAGACGAUUUACGUGAAUAUUUUUCUAACUUUGGUAAUAUUCUUGAUUGUUCAAUUAAACACGAUCCAACAACUGGACGUAGUCGUGGUUUUGCUUUUCUUAUCUUCGAUAGAAAAGAUAUUGUUGACAAAAUUCUUUCACAAAAUGAACAUUUUGUUAAAGGUCGAAAAGUUGACCCAAAACCAGCACAUCGUCGUUUGGCUAUGAACAAUAAUAAUCAAAUGUCAUCGUUGUCAUCAUCAUCAUUAAGUUCACUAUCGAAUAAUAAUCGAAAAGUUUUUAUUGGUGGUCUUGAUCCAAAUUUUCCUGAUACACAAUUAAGAGAGUAUUUUUCACAAUUUGGAACAAUUGAUGAAAUUGAUUUACCAUAUGAUAAAGAAAAAAAUGAACGACGUCCAUUUUGUUUUAUUUCAUUUCAAAAUGAACAAUCAGCACAAGAAGUACUUCGAUUACAAAGACAUACUAUUGGUGAUAUAACUGUUGAUGUUAAAAGAGCUAAACCAAAAACUUUAAAUAAUCAACAACAACAACAACAACAAAUGUAUGAUCCAUAUGGACAACAAAGUAUUUAUGCAAAUUAUGGAAGUGGGGUUCCAUCGUAUGGUGUUAAUACAUAUUCAGCUGCUGAUCCUUAUGCAGCAUGGAAUAAUUAUCCAUACAAUCAACAAGGUAAUGCUUCGGCUUAUUCAUAUGGUGGUUCUGAUGCAACAGGUGCUCAGAAUUCAGCUACAUCAACUUAUCCUCAAUAUUCCCAACAUCAGACAAAUUCUCAAUAUUCAUACGGACCAUCAAGUGGUGCAGCCAAUGCUAAUGAAUAUUAUUCUCAUUAUGGUUACGGUGCUCCUCAUCCAGCAUCUAAUGUCUAUCCAGACCAAAAUGUCUAUGCUGGUGGCAAUGCUGGUGGUGCUUAUGAUUAUAAUUAUUAUACAUCAGGUGGUGCAGGAGGUGUUGGUGGUUCAAUCGUUGAUAAUGGUGCAGGGCAACAAGAAAGUAAUUCACCGAAUGAUACAAAUAAUUAUGAUCAUGAUACUCAUUUCGGAAAAGCUAAAACAUCUAUUAUUGCCAGUCCUACGUAUCAUCAAUAUCCCAUCAGUUAG